AUGCCGUCUCUGCUAGAAGCGUUGGAGAGGAAGUAUGGGGCUAAGGGUGAAGUGAAUCCACCUAUAGAUGACAUGCCAGUGGCCAUAUUUGUGCCAAAAAGAUCGCCGAGACUCAGCGUACCAACCCUCUUGGUGCUCAAUGACUGUGACAUAGACUGCGCCGGUGACGCGUGUGCCUUAGCUGAUAAAUGUGCUGAUGUAGUGGAACUAGACCUAGCGAAUAAUAAACUAACUGACUGGAAAGAGGUAUUUGCCGUCUUGGAGCAGACGCCUCGUGUGAGGUUUCUUAACUUAAGCUUCAACCGACUCUCAGCUCAGAUACAAGCUGCUCAGACGUUACGUCAUCGCUGGGAUGCUCUCAGUAAUCUCGUACUAAACUCCACUUACGUCGGUUGGCAGAGUGUUCUCGGACUCCUUAAAGCUCUACCAGCUCUUGAAGAGCUGCAUCUGAGCCUUAACGAGUAUUCAUACGUCAAUUUGAGCGCCAAAGACGUGGAUGAGAAAGACGUCUGUGAGGGUUGCUCAAGGUUAAACGUGGAAACCUCAAAACCGGUUCACGAGCAGCUGAAGAAACUCCAUUUCUCUGGCAACCCAGUCAGUAGUUGGCGGGAAAUAUCCAAAUUGGGUUAUGCCUUCCCCAACUUGGAAACUCUUAUGGUGAAUGACUGCCCCAUAACGACCUUGGAGCCUGACCCGUGUGAGAAAUGUGAUGACAGCAAUGGAAAUAAGAAAUGCCAUGAUGCCUUCCAGCGUCUGCGGUUCUUAAACUUGAACAACACUCUUCUUACCACGUGGGAUGAGGUCGAUAGACUCGCGAGGUUUCCUGCAUUGAAGAGUUUAAGAGUUCAGGGUUGGCCAUUGUGGGAGCGAGUGGAAUCAACUGAACACGAGCGUCGUCUGUUAUUGGUGGCUCGUCUGCCUCACGUGAGGACACUCAACGGCGGAGGAGCUGUUCCCAUCGAAGAAAGAGACGCCGCUGAAAGGGCCUUCAUCAGAUACUACAUGGAAAAACCAGAGUCUGAUCGACCUGACAGGUACUGGGAAUUGGUCGGUGUUCACGGUAAGCUCGACCCGUUAGUCUCAGUCGACUUGAGGCCAGAGAAACGAGUGCAGAUCACUUUCACUUGUGGCGACACGAGCGAAGUACGGACCAUAGAUGUAUACAGAACCGUAUCAGAUCUCAAGACUCGUCUGGAGAGGCUCGCGGGCUUCCCGGCGUCCAAGAUGAGACUGUUCUACGUCGAUCAGGAACUAAGAGACUCGCAGGGUCCAGAAGAAAUGAAAUAUCCAACAAAACAGCUGUACUCUUACAACAUACGAUCAGGAGACGAGAUCAUCAUAGAUUCAAAGCUGAAACACUCGAUUUCAGCGAACUCAACCGCUUAA